AUGUUUUGUCAGCUCCAAAACGCAAUCACAAAGUGCACGGAGUUGAUGCUUUACGAGCCCUGCUAUGUGUCCUGUUUCCCCGGACCCCGCCUUACAGCCGAGCGCAAAUGCACAUCACCACCUCCGCCGCAAGUGCGUCCAUCGCCACGUUCUGGCAGUUCCGAUACUCCGUUGACCCAACCGGCAGCUGCUAAUCAGGAAUCUGAGGAAAGGGAUCUGGCUGAUGGCUACUCACUUGUCUCUGACGAAGAACUUGAGCCAUCAAAACUGCCUCGAUCUAGCAAUAUCGAAGUGGACGACGGUCUAUCGUUGAUAAGUAACAGCCCGUCAAGUAGCGUCGCAGCUCCAAGUCCUCAUCAAAGUUCACCAAGCAGCAGUUCCGCAACUUCUCCUCCUCCCCCAUCACAAAGUCCGUCGAGCGCUGAUCCAGUACCUUCCUUCAUGAAUCUGAAAGUGCAAGAGAUAUUCGGUGAAGAUCUUCCACCACGAAUGGACAGACGUCAGCAGGUGGUGAUGCCCGAACGAAUCUACGCCCCGAAUACGGCCGUCUGUGUCGAGGCAGACUCGUCUUCAAUGACAGCCCCGACUCCGGCUCCAUUCUACUUUCAAGCAGGGCUGCAUUUCGAGUGGAUCCAGCAAAAUUUGCCACACCUA